AACGUCGGUACGUUCAAGUUAACAUCCAUCCAUCCACCCAUCCAUAUGAAACAAAGACGACUGUGAUUGUGAGAGUAACCAUAUUAUACCCUGUCCAAUACUUGACACUUGUCUAGUGCAAAAUAUUGGUAUUUUUAUGUCGUUAGUUAACUAAUUGUAGUGUUGCUUGCUGAUAAUGGACAUGUUUAAUAAACUUAAGAGUGCAGUAUCCAGUGCCCUUCCAGGCAACCCACUGUCUAAGGAUUUUGAGGUGUAUGGACAGAUAGGUACUGCAGGCCCUGGACUCAUGUGGAAAAUAUACAGUGGCAUGAAAAAGACCACAAAACAGGAUGCUGCAAUAUUUUUGUUCGAAAAGAAAAGUAUAGAGAAAUAUUCCCGUCGCGACAAGGAACUGAUAUUGGAAGCAUUACGGCAUGGAGCUUCACAACUGACUCGACUCAGACAUCCAAAAAUAUUAUCUGUGAUGCAGCCACUUGAAGAGUCAAGGGAGUGUUUAGCAUUUGCCACAGAGCCAGUCUUAGCCAGCCUUGCAAACAUCCUAGGUAACCGUGACAACAUUCCAGAACCAGUUACUAAGCAACUAAAAGAACACGAGCUAUAUGAUGUGGAGAUUAAGUAUGGACUUCUACAGGUAACAGAAGGAGUGCAGUUCCUCCAUCACGAUGCUAAACUUCUGCACAACAACAUAUGUCCAGAAAGCAUCAUUGUCAACAAGAAUGGAUCCUGGAAACUAGCAGGAUUUGACUUCUGUAUACUGAACAAGAAUCCUCCUGAUCAGGCACCAAUGUUUCCAUAUAAAGAUUGGGAUCCUGACGUAGCCCCUUGUGCUCAGCCUAACCUGGACUACAUGGCUCCAGAGUAUGCUAUAUCGGAGUCAUGCAGCCUGGCAUGUGAUAUGUUCUCACUAGGCGUGUUGAUAUAUUCCAUGUUUAACAAUGGUAAACCUCUUUAUGAGUGCAACAACCAACUUAGUACAUUCAAGAAAAAUGCCGAAGAGUUAAGAAAAUGGAGAGGAUCUCUUCUAGGAAAGAUUCCAUCUGAGUUACGAGACAUUGUAAAGCUUCUGUUUAACACAGAACCUACAGUUAGACCAGAUCCAGACCAGCUGGCAAAGAUAAGCUUCUUUGAAGAUGUAGGCUCAAUGACUCUACAGUACAUGGAUUCCCUGUUUCAACAAGACAAUCUUCAGAAGUCAAAAUUCUUCAAAGGACUGCCAAAAAUUAUUGUUAAAUUUCCAAAGAGAGUUAACCUCCAAAGAAUACUACCUCCAUUGUUGAAGGAGUGUGUAAAUCCAGACAUGAUACCGUUUGUAUUACCCAACAUUCUUCAGAUAGCAGAGCACGCUUCAGACAAAGAAUAUACUACAUUUAUACUGCCAGAACUCAUACCUAUGUUUAAGAUAACAUCUCCAAUACAGAUACUGCUGUUAUUCAUGCAAAACAUGAAUUUGCUGUUGAAAAAGACACCAGCCAAUGAUAUCAAAACACAUGUAUUACCUAUGAUAUAUAGGGCACUGGAGUCUGAUAACUCUCAAAUACAGGCAGAUGCUCCUUUUGUUCAGGAAUUAUGUCUAAACAUCAUUCCCACAUUUGCUGACCUGAUAGACUAUACAUCACUGAAAAAUUCCAUAGUACCGAGGAUAAAGAAGUUGUGCUUAAGCACAACUAUAACAGGGGUUCGGGUGAAUUGUUUACUGUCACUGGGUAAACUGUUGGAGUCAAUGGAUAAAUGGUACGUUCUUGAUGAAGUUUUACCCUUGUUGCCACAAAUACCAUCUCGGGAACCAGCAGUGCUAAUGAGUAUUCUUGGUAUCUACAAAGUUGCAUUCUCCCAUGAUAAACUCGGUAUCACCAAAGAUUUGCUAGCAGGGAAAGUGGUUCCAUUUCUUAUGACAGUCUCAAUUGAACACAGUCUAAACUUAGGACAGUUUACAGCAUUUAUUACGUUGAUAAGGGAAAUGAUAACUAAGAUAGAGACAGAACAUAGAAGUAAACUGGAACAACUGGAACAGAUGAAACAAGAACAAAAGAAUAUGGAGAUCACAAAAAUAACAGAACAAGAUGAUAAAACUCUGAUUAGUGGAAUAGAUGAAAAACCAAAAACUAUGAUGGAUUCAUUUCUGUCAGGAGUUGGAAUGGGGGCAGGUGAUAAAUCUGCCAGUCCGCCAAGAAAUUCUGCAAAACCAACUCCAGCAAUGAGUCAGCCAGCCAAGGUAACAUUGUCACUUGAAGAGAAACAGAGAAUUGCUAAACAACAGGAGCAACAAAGAUUCUUGAAAGCAUCGAAACCUCUUGAUGCGAAAUCAUCAACCCCGCAGUCUAAUAUUAAGCCUAAACAAACUUCUAAGCAGCCUAAAGACCUAACAUCUAGCCUAAUGCAAUCUAAUGUGAUAGGACUUAGUUCAUCUGCUAAUAAACCUACAAGCAGUUACAAUGGAUCAGCAGGAAUGGGUAUGAAUAGCAGUAUUAGUGGUGGUUCUAUGGGGAAUAGGACAGCUCAGUCUGGAAUGGGUGUAAUGAGUUCAACUGGUUAUGGGCCAUCUAUGAACCAAGGUGGAUUUGGUUCAUCAAGUGGAAGUACAUUUUCCCAGAAUUCAUUUGGUCAGAGCCCAAGUACAGUUCAGGGAAAUAAGCCCAUAGAUCUUUCAUCAUUUGAUAAUCUUAUGUCAAGUAAUUCACAGAAGCCUAAAAUGGCAAUGAACCAGUUGAGCCAGGGUUCCAGCGGCUCAUCUAUGCAGACGGGCAUGAUGGGAAAUAUGAGUAACCAAAACAUGAUAGGUAAACAAGGCGUAAUGGGAAAUCAAGGAAUGAUGGGAAACCAAGGAAUGAUGGGACAACAAAGCAUGAUGGGAGGACAAGGCAUGAUGGGUAAUCAGAACAUGUUGGGACAACAAGGAAUGAUGAACACUGGAUUUGGGGGUUCAGGGAUGAGUUCAGGAUUUAGUGGUGGCAUGAACUUUCAACAAAGCAGUAUGGGAAGUCAAGGAGGCAUGUUUCAGUCUCAGCCAAUGGGAGGACAGAACUUGAUGCAGCCUCAGCCAGUUAAUACCCAGAACACAACUAGCAGUAUGUCGUCUGCUAGAAAUGACCUUGAUGAUUUGUUUGGGUGAAAUUACAUGGGGGUUGUCUGUGAUACUUUAAAAAUUCUUUAGUCAAUGUAAAGGGAAGCAUAUAGUUAUGUGAUGAGUCGCAGUUGUCUUUCAAGUACAUUGAAUGUAUUAUUACUACCAGACUGUACAUUCCAAUAAUACUGUAAGAGAAACUAGACACCAGGACUGAGUUUCUUAAUCAAAGUUGUCUUUUGAACUAAUUCUUUAAUCUUAAAAAGCAAAGUAUGAUUUUUAAAAUUGUAAAUGGUAUUUUAAGUAGAAGGAGAUACCAAGUGGUGCGGUAUGACAUAUUGUUAUGGUACAGAUCACAGAGUUGAGUUCAUCUAAAUGGAAGUAUUAUCCCGCUUGACCAGUUUCAAAUGGCAGAUGCAAAUGGUCACAUUUUAUUUAUUGAUGAAUUCAAAGUUGUAGUGAUUAUAGUUGAAAUUGUUUAAUUUGAUGAAGGACAUUUGACCAAAACAUUGAUAGAAAUAGUAUCAAAUUAAGAGCCAGAAAAUAUAUAACACAAGACGUAAUGUGUUACUGUACUACAUAUUAUUUGGGAAUUUGAGCUACAGAUUUAUUAUGGAAAUUAUUUAACUUUGUCCUGAUGUUUUGAAUUGAGCUAGGUAAUAGUUUAAUGGCUUAUGAAUAGUAACUGUAUAAUUAUACUUACUGGGAUGAUAGAUAUUAUUGCUUUAUGUAAUGGGGGUAGCUUAUCACUGCAGAUGUUGAUGUAUUGGUAUUGGUGAAUGUACAAGUGUAAUACUAUGAAUAUCUGGUCAUAAAGAUAGUAUAUUGGGUUAGAGGGAUAUCCACAGCUUUAUUUUUCAACUUACUCAGAUGUUUUUAAUUUGCUGAGUCCAGUUUUGUUUAAGCAACAUUCUGUUGUUUAGUGAUAAGGAUCUAAAACAGAGGAGGUCAUGGUUUAGCUACUAACUUUACUGUUUGGGUGAGUUGGUAAUUUGAUUGUUCUGAGAUGACAAAUUUCAUUUAAGAGAAAUGUUUUUAUUUUAAAGUGCUUUAAGAUAUACAAUUCAUAAACAAAAGAUUUUUAUAGUGAGCUCGAAGAGCAGAAUCGAGCUUUACAGUAAUGCAAGUAUACUUUCACACUUGGUGAUGGAUUUUGUAAGUUUGGCCGGAACAAGGCGCCCCUAGCAGACAGGAAGCAGUUUUUUCCGCAGUGAAUACAGAACUUCAUUUGAUUGCUAAAAAUUAUUUAUCAGUUAAAAAUCAUGCAAGAAAGCUUUACAGUGAGUUGCAAAAAUAAUAAUUUUCCUUUUAAAGAUAAAAUAUUGGAAAGAAAUUGGAAAAUAUUAUCAUUAAAAAUCCUAAAGCCAGUAGUACGAGAAUGUGGCAAAUAGGAAAUGACGUCAUUGUGAUACUGGCUUCUCGUAAAACUUGCAAGGUUUGAUAUUCGCUGUAACAGGUAUGAUGACAAUGUACACUUCUUUUGUUUCAAGUGAAUAUGUUCUUGCACAUUUUCACUUUCUUUUGAGUAGUGAAUGGUUUCUUUGUAAUAUUUUUUUAAGUUGAACUUGAAUUCUUUGAGCUCGCUAUGAGGCUUUGCCUUAUUUCAUUUUAGUGCCUUAUUUAUCAGUUAUUCUAUAUAAGGCCUAUAUUAUUUCUGAGUUUAAAUUCAUCUGACAUGGUUUGCAGGAUGUUGUUAAAUUUUGUAUCAAACUGGUGUGUUGCGAGAUAUUUAUUGAGUAAGUUUUUAUGGCAGUUUUACACAACAGACUAGUGUUAGAGCUUAAGUACUGGCUACUAAAGUGGUUUACUGGUAAUGAUCCUUUGCAUGUAAACUUUUGGAUAUCAUUAUUAUAAGAUUAUAGUUUAAGUUUUGUUACAAGUGAUAUUUACUAUGUAAGUAUGACCAGACAAUUGCAGAAGAAUAUUGUACUAUUGCCGUGGAGUAUUCACAGUUUUAGCACAACUGAUAUAUUGUACACUUACUGAAUGGCUUGCCAGUAGGUACUCAAAAGUAUUGAUUAAGGCCCAGAGAACUUGAGGGCCACGAGUUUUAACUAUUGACCAGCAAAAUUUUAUUACAUGAUGUCAGGAAUUAAUUUUAACAGUUUAAUUUUUGACUUAUUAGCCAGGAAGUGUGUUGAAUAUAGACAUCUCAUAUAGCAGAAAGUGUAGACUGAUGAUUUAUAUAAGGAGUCGUGUAAGAAAAGUGGAAAUUUCCCUGAAUGUACAUCGAAAUGUUGAAAAAAUGUAUUAGCAGGAUUUUUGCGUAUUGAAUUUUCAAGGGUGGGUUCUCAGUAUCUCUAUGUAUGUUGAAGGGUUAGUGAAAUGUUUACAUAUCUCCCAAACCUUUCAUUUUUAGCUUGACUAUUCAAAGAAUAGGUAGAGCAAUUGGACUCACCCCUGCAUCGGCGUUAGCAACCUGACUUGGUUAAGUUUUUGUAUGUAAGUUAGUAUCUUAGUAACCACUUGUGGGAAUAGAUUGAAACUUAAAACACUUAUUCACUGUGAUUAACUGACUUACAUUGCACAGAUUCCAUAAUGCUGUUUUGCCUUUUUACAAAAUUAUGCCCCUUUUCCAACUUGGCAAUUUUUAGUUAGGUUUUUGUAUGUAAGCUGGUAUCUCGGUACCCAUUAAUUGGGAUGGAUUGAAACUUCACACAUUUGUUCACUUUGACAAUCUGACAUUCAUUGAUCAGGUUUUAUAAUUCUACUCUGCAUUUUUACAAAAUUAUGUCCCUUUUUUAAUUUUUAUAUUCAUUCAGUUGACAAGACUGUUGAAAAGUCAAGCAUUGUUGUCCUCAGAUAGCUCUUGUUAUUAAUAUUACAUUAUUUCUUUUUGUAUUUUGUUGUCUUUAAUUGUGAGUUAUAAUGUGUUGAUUUAAUUUUGUACCACAAUAUAUAUAAUAAAUGUAAAAUUAAAUUAUUUCAAAAUUCUGAAUAAAUAAAUGACUUCUGGCAGUAUCAACAAGAAUGGAGUUAGCCAAACAUUGAUAGAAAACUGGUGGUUUACUGUGAUAUAACAUAAUUGCAAAUAUCUCUUUAAUAUAAGCUUUUUACCUAUUUAAAGUUUUGUUAUGUGUUUGUUUGUUGGGGUAUAAUGCCAUUUUUUCAACAGUGUUCUAGUUGUAUGACAGUGCCCUGUUAACCUAACCAGUGUUCUUUGUUUGUUUUCCAUGAGUAACACGACAAUUUCUGCACAUAAAUCAGAGGUGGAGGAUAUAUAACUAGCAACCUUUCAAUUCAUAUUCUAGUGUUCUACCUACUGAGCCAGUGGUACUCAUGCAGAGUUUUGAUGAUUAAUAGUCAAGCUUAAAUCAGUCCAUAACAUAAUAUCAUAUAUACCUCUGUCCUAGUUACAUAUUUACUUGAUAGCCGGAUUCAUAAAAUAAAACAAAAAAACAUCAACGUUCUAGUGUGCUCUGUGUAAUGUAGUAAAGUACAUUUUGUUUUGUUACAAGUUUUUGUUCGAUGAUAAAUUUGUUCAAUCAUUUGUUGCUGAUUAUUUUGUAGUUUUAGUUUUACUUUAGGGAAUGUGCAAUAAAUGAAAAUCUGGAGAAGUUCUGCUUUAGGAGACUUAUUGUUAUAGAAUUCAAAAACAGUUCAUUAUUUUAACAUUUUUGAGUACUAGUAUUUUUUUCCACUUCAUUCCUGCUAAGAGCAUUCUUCCAAUCAUAUAUAUAUUUAUAUUGAUACCAUCAGCAGCUAUUCAUCUGGUGACAUUUCCAGGGCAUUUUUUCUCAGUUUAUAACAAAUAUGUUGAAAUUAACAUUAUUUUAAACAUAUGAAUUUUAUAUGAAAAAGAAUUUAUACCCUGUAAAACUCGGAAAAUCUAAAAUCUUAGAACAACUUAAUUCUGUAUAUGUUCCAUAUCACAUAAUAUACUGAACUGUAUCAUUGAAAUUACUGUAUAUGCUUGGGAAAGUAAACGUUCAUGAACAGUUAAUCUUUAGUCACAGGUUAGAAUAAACUAAACAAUGGUUAAUUAGAAAAAUGGAAGUAGAGGUGUUAAGAGUCAGCUGGUCUCUGUUCACAGGUGUUUGUCUAGCACAGGUUUUACUGUAAUAGUGUGCAAUGUGCCUGUGAAGCUUGCAAUGUAGGUAGAUUUCGGCAAUAAUUUUUGUUAAAAUUUGCCUCUGUGUAUAUUGGAAGAUAUAUGUAUAUCUCUAAAAUAUUUAUUUGUUAGUCAUGUAGGUAGGAAAAUAUUUCAUCUAUGUAUGUUCUCCAUACAAAUAUUGUAUUGAAAAGUAUUAUGGUACAUUAAUGCAUUCCGUAAUAAAUUCUACUAAAGAAUGA